AGCCUACCUUGUUUGUCAUAACAUUUUCACAGUGUUGCCAGCUUUCAUCACCGGCGUAUUUGACAGUAGCAGGUAUUUUUUAGCGUUGUACUAGCGUGUUUUGUUUACGUUUGAAAAUGAGCCAAGACGAAACGGAUCGAAUCGAAAACGCCUCGGAUGGUGGUAGUGGAGAAGAACCAAACUCCCCCCAGGAACAAGAUGUUCCUAUGCAGACUGAUGAACCCGUUCCGGAAGCGGAUCAGUGUACGCGUGUGACGGAAAAUGAUUUCUUCAAAGAGAACACCUGCAUUGAGGUAGCACGCUGUUCAUGGGAUCGACCGGUGAGACAAAACUACCUGCAGGGAUGCCAUUGGUCACCGGAUGGAACGUGUGUUCUUACAACGGUCAAUAACGACGGAAUGCACAUUGUCGAGCUGCCGACCGAUCUGUACAGCAACGAUAGCGUCUCCGAGGACCGGCCUGUUGAUCUGUUGACGUCCGCCGUUCACGUAAAAGAAGGUGGCCUCGUGUAUGAUUGUGCCUGGUAUCCGGGAAUGAACAGUGGGCGACCAGAAACCUGCUGUUGGAUUGCAUCACGACAGCACGAACCGAUACAAAUGUGGGAUGCAUUUACGGGCAGUUUGCGCUGUUCUUACAAGGGUUACGACCAGUAUGACGAAGUUGAGGCGGCCCUUAGCCUUGCCUUUGCACCUCUCGAUGGGGCUACAAUUUACGGCGGGUAUAAAAAAUCGAUAAAAUCAUUUGAUAUCAACGUACCUGGUCGGGAAUCAAGCUCCUGGCGAAGCAAAUCCACCGCUUCCUGUAUGGCGAUAGCAUCAUCUAUGCCCCACACCAUUUGGUUCGGCUCAUGGAACCGUAGUAUCACUGCACUGGACGCCCGCUCAGGAGAAUGUUUACCCGUAGGCAAUUAUAGCCCAGAAAACAGUCAUACGGCAGGUGUUACGUGUAUUGCAUUUGCACCAAAUACGGAGGAACUAUUCGUUACCGGUGCACGGAAGGAUCCAAAGGUCCUGUGCUGGGAUGUGCGCAAUCUAUCCCACCCGGUGCGAACACUGCAACGUACUUGUGCUACCAAUCAACGUAUAUAUUUAGAUUUUGCUCCACUUGGACAGUGGCUAAUCAGUGGUGAUACUCGCGGAAUUCUACACGCCUGGAACCUGGACGAGCUGGAAGAAAACGAACCUAAGGAGCUAUUGUUUCCGAUUCACUGGGACUGCUUGAACGGUGUUUCGUUUCAUCCACAUAGCCCCAUUAUAGCCACCGCCAGUGGUCAGCAUCAUUUUGCAUCUGCAGUAAACGAUGUAGAGGACGGUGAACCAGACGUCACUGCAACAGAGGAACCCACCAUUAAACAAACUAAAGUGGAAAAUUCCCUUACACUUUGGUGGAUUGGUAAAGGGUUAUUUUCGGAUGAAUAAACGUAAUGGAAAGUCCUCUAUCCACCUAA